AUGAACAACUACGAUCAAUACGCAGAUCAACUUUUAAACAGUGUAUUCGAAAAUGCCAAGCAAACAGCUAUGCCAUCACCUCCAAUUCAGCAAAGCUCUGAAGAUCAGUUUUUUAAUCAAUUGUUGUCACGCAUCUCAUCACCAGCCCCUUUCAAUAGCGCUAGUAAUGAAUGGCUACUUUUGCAGCAAUUGCAGCAACAAAAACAAUUGUUAGAAAGGCAGCAGUUACUCUCUGCGCUGAGUCCAGCACUAGCAGGUGUGUCUAUUGCUCAGCCUAACACUGACAGCAGCACUAACGUUAUGGAUACACCAUCCUCACCAAUUCUAGCAGACCUACAAUCGCCUCCUCCUACUACAGCACCCGAAGAAAAGGCCAAAAAGAUUGCUCGGGUACCUGUGAAUGUGCCAUCUCCUGCUCCUACUCAUGAGGCAGCAAUUGUAUCCAAGCCUCACGAAAAAGAAAAUGACAAGCCUAUUGAUGCACUGAUCAAAGCAACUGCCGCUGCAGCGUUAUCUGGCCAUGCCACCUCAACAUCCAGAGUGAUGCCUGAAAACACAAGGCCAGCACUUCAGAAAAAGAAAAGCUUUUUGAAGAGAACUUGGUCAAGACGAGAUUUUAAAGGAAGACUACCGAAUCCGCAAGCUCAAAAGCCAUUACAGCAGCAGGAGAAUGUACCAACUCCAAAGAGGACUGCGUCAGUAAAAUCAGUAGCUUAUCCACCACAGCAAAUGGCAGCCGAAAGGUCUUCAUUUUGGAAACCUAGAGAGAAAAAGCCUAAAGGAUGGUGGAAAGGAAACCGAGAAGACAAGGCACAACCUCAAGCAUACUACGAAGAAGAGAUUGAAUAUGACGAGCAUGAGAUUCCUGAGUACCAAGAAGAAGAUUCCGCAGAAGAAGAAGUACCAGUAAUUGCUCCUUCCUCUUCAAAGCAGAAGAGGAGAGUGGUUGUUAAAAGAGUGAUUGUGCCUAAAAAGGUGCCUUCGAUUAGCAAACCCAAGCGCCCCAUGGCUUUCAAGACGCCAACACCAAAAAAACCCAAAUCGAAGUCUUCCAAAAAGAAAAAGAAUGACGCUACGGUAUCUAAGAACUCUGGUACCACUGUAACAGCUCGUAGAUCGAUGCCAUUGUAUGUGAUGCCACAACAACCAAUGUAUUAUCCUCAACCAAUGAUGAUGCCUUCUGCCCCACAACCUUACAUGAUGGGAGGUGGAGGUGGGUACUACAUGAUGCCUGCAAGUGGAAUGAUGGGGCAAUCACCUCUAAUGCAACGGCUAUGCGACGAUACAGAUGUCGAGGAAAAGAGACCCACUACUAAAUUAAAUAGAAAGAAAUCAGUUUAUAAGUCAAGAGAAAUAUCCAAUGACAAAUGUUCCAUCAUGUAA